UAGUUGCCCGCGCGUUACCGAGCCGAGUGCACCCGAGAAGAAGUUUCGUCUCUGGUUCUCUGUGUCUUUUCCCCCCCCCCGACCCUCUGUGCGCGCGUGUGUGUGUGAUAUAGAAAUCGUCUUACCGCCCUAGAAUAGAGAGAGAGAGAGAGAGAAGUCAGAACGAUAAAAGGAGGAUAACCGAGCUUCCGGAAAAAAAAAUUACGGCAGCGACGCGAUAAAUUAAUCAACGCCGAGGACAAAGGUAGGAGGAGUUUUAAUUAAAGAUGGGUGCGCGACAGAGCAAAAGGUCCGUGGACAUCACGACGACGCCUAAGAAGGACGGUAUUCCGGCCGAGGGAAGCGUCGCGGGGGAUGCGGCGGCGCCUGGCGAUGGUAAAUUAGAGAGGAUCGAGGAAUCCGACGGAAAGCCGACCACCAACGGCACGGCGCCUCAUUCCGACGCUGUAGUCGACGAUAAGGAGAAGGAGAAGGAGAAGGAGAAGGAGAAGGAACAGGACAAAGAUAAGGAAAACGACAAGGACAAGGACAAGGAUGAGGACACCGAAAAGGAGGAAGUCAAGGUCGAAGAUACGAGACAGGAAUCAUCCAACACAGAUACUCCGGCGGUAGCCGAAGAGGCCACGACGCCCACUGAUGGCAAUACAACACCGAUCAGUCCAGAAUCCGCCACAUCUCCCGACAGCAAGGAUGCCAAGAAGAAGGACAAGAAGAAGAAGUGGUCCUUGAGGUCGCUCAGCUUCGGCAAGAAGGACAGGAGCAAGACUGCACGCGAAGACGCCCCAAAGAACGGUGAUGUCACCAAAGAAGAACCACUUGCCGAGGGUGGCGAAGAAGCAGAGGUCGCAGCGCCAGUUGAGGAGAGUCCCGCCGAAGAGAAGACUGAAGUCAGCAGCCCAACAGUAGAAUCAACACCGGCGGUGGCACCUGCACCUGUCAAGGAGGAAGAAAAGGCUGCCCCUGCCUCUCCUACCCCCGUUGAAGAAAAGAAAGAGGAACCCACUCCUGCCCCCACUCCCGUCCCUGUCGAGGAAAAGAAAGAGGAAAUUGAAAAAGUCGAGCCUGUGGUGGUCGCUGAUAAAGUUGAGGUCAGUCCAGUGCAGGCCAUACCUGUGAAAAUUGCCGAGCCUGAAGCGCCUGCUGAAAACCCAGCUGAAGUUAGCGCAACAGAAAGUGUGACUGAAGCUCCGGCUAGUCCUGCUCCACCAGUACCAGCAGAGCUGCCAGUGCUUCCGCCAUCGGAGCCCGCUCUCACCGAAGAUGUAGCCUCUGUGACCAAGGCUAUUGAGGACUUUGAAAUCAGCGACAAAGCAGUAGCGGCUGCAGUCAAUGAAGCCAUCGAGAGCAACAACGCAAACGAAAUUGUCAAUGAUUCACUCCACCAGAAGGUCAUCACGGAAUAAGCAGCGUUAAACCGAAUUGUAUUUGGGAAGAAGAAAGUUUUUUUUUCUCGUUAAAACCAAAAAAGUAUAUUAUAUAUAUAUACAUACACACAUAUAUAUAUAUGUAUACAUAUAUUUGGACCAUUCCUGCAACUAAACAGAAAAUAACGUUCUUUUAUUACGAGCAGCAGAAAGAAAAGCGCGAUUGUUAAAUGAAACAUUGUGAGAGCAUACAGACUUUAUAGUAGACCCAUUAAUUAUUAACUGUUUGAUAGGAAAAAAUCUUUGGAAAAACACAAGUGGAAAAUGGAUAAAUAAUUUAGUAAUUGGAAAGAAAGUAGUAAUCUAAUUAAUUGGUUUUCAUAAAUGAAAAAAAAUAUAUAUCAGUCACCGAAAUUCGCGCUCGAGCGAUAUACACUUCUUCAUAAAAUAAGUGGAUGAACGAGAUAGAUGAUGGCGUUUUAUCUUUGGGCAGUGCCCAUCGCAGGUGACAAUUUUCCUGCCAUGUAGAAAUUUUAAAGUGUCAUUAAUUAUUAAUUAAGCCCAAGAAAAUAUUGAAAGAAUUUGAAAGGCCUACUGUGCGUUCUAAGUGAAUUGGAGUGAGAUAGAUGGAACUCUAUCUUGGGUACUCCGAGGGAAAUACUCAAAGGGUAACACCCUAUCGACUCAGCACAAUGCACCACGUGGAAAAGGAAAGACGAAAGAAAACUCAAGAAAAAACUACAAUACCACAACCACCAUUAACCACAACGCAACACAGCGUAGCAUGAAUAUGAAAGUUAGUUUCACAUCGGAAACCGUGCAUAAGUUUAAUUAUUUUCCUCGUAUUUUUGUUUGUCGGUUUUUUUUUUUUUUAAACUACAAUGUUUUUGUAUUUAUACUAUUUGAGAUGUUUUAAGUUGUAAUAAAGAGCUGCACACACGUACACACACAUAAACAUGCACACUCACGCAUAACUUACAUACGGAAAACGAGAAUAACACGGUACAUAAAUGGAGUAAAUAUACAGUAAGAUUGAGCAAUGUAAGUGAUAUAUAAUCUAAAAAAAAAAAAGAGCCAAGUGUGUCUCGGGAUGCUAAUUAUAUCCGUAUAAAAUACUUGCAAAACCUAUCCUAAUUUCUAUAAUAAUUAUUAAAAGAAUAUUGCCUAAUUACAAUUACGAUGCCCCGCACAACCACUCAAUUAUCCCUGAAACACCUUUUACAAAUUUUUCAUACGAUAUUUCUACGUUUAUACGAAUCUCCGGAGGUUGAAGUAAAACUUACUAAUUAAUUAAUUAUGAAAGAUUUUAUUAAGCUCGUAGCGUAGAGAGUAUAAACCUAAAUGAAAUAAAACGAAAAAAAAAAAAAACUUGAGAAAAAGAAUCCAUAUGUACGCCCCAAAAUCAGAAUUAUUAUUCUAAGUGUUAGAGAAGCGUGUGGCCAUUGCUCUUGAUCGACAUUGGUUUUAAAAGAUAUACCUAUUGAUAAGCAAGAAGGAAGUAAAAUUAAAAAUUGUAUAGUAAACCCCUACUCUUAUGGAUUUUAAUUAUUAUCUGUAAUAAUGGUUACAAACUUACAACGAAAUUGAAUGUUCUUUCGAAAUAAGAUUUGACGAUAAACCAACAAAUCUUUCUAUUUAAAUUCUUUCGAUGCGACUGAUCUGCACCAAUCAAUUAUAUUAAAUCGUAAAUCUAAAACGUCCCUGAAUCAUAAUCCCUCGGUAUUUUAUGUUGCGUUGAAGACGAUAUAUUUUAACGUGGAGUUUCAUUCGUGGACGUUUUGGAAAAUCGAAAUUCAGUUUUCAGUGUCUGAUCCGCAGUUAUAAUAAUAACUAAACUAUUCAACAUUUAUCUAUAACAAACCUAUAAUAAACUGUGAAAUAAGUGUA